CACAAUCUUUGCAACUCUCUAUCUCUCUCUCUCUAAAAGCCCUUUUCUGCAACUCCGUUAUUCUCUCUCUAGAAGCCCAUUUCUUCUGUAGUUCACUUCUUUUUUACAAAAAUGGCAAAAGGAUUAACAAAGCUGAAAUCGGUAAUGAAGAAAUGGCAAUCAUUUGGCAAAAGAUCAUCAAACGGAAGCUCAAUAGCACAUAACUCAUCACUAUCAUCUUCAAUAUCUUCAUCAUCAUCCGAUGAUCAACAUCAAAUGUAUAUGGCUCAAGGAGAAGGUGAUCUUCACCCAGUUUACGUUGGAAAAUCAAGACGCCGUUAUCUUAUUAGUUCGGAAAUUAUUGAGAAUCCGUUAGUUAAAGAGCUAGUGGACCGUUCAAGUGGGUCAGAUUCUUUUACAGUUGGUUGUGAAGUGGUUUUGUUUGAGCAUUUACUGUGGAUGCUGCAAAAUGCUGACCCUCAGCCUGAAUCUCUUGAUGAAUUUGUUGAUUUCUAUGCUUGUUAAUUAAUCAUCAUGAUCUUGAUGAUCAAUGGUGAUUGAUUCAUGAAGAUGAGUUUUUGUGUAUUUGCAGUGAUACACAUUAUAAAAAAGAAGUUUGUAAAUUUUAUUUUUAUUAUUUGAGGUUUAAUUAAGAACA